GUUUUUAUUAUUAUUCCAAUAACAACCGGAUCAUAAUGGAGUAAAACAUAAUCGAAAUUUUAUUUUUUGUAAUUUAGAAUCACUUUUUAAGACUUGGACGUAAAUAUCGGUAUUAAUUUGACUAAGGGACACUAACUUUAAGUAAAGGCCGAUAUUAUUUUGUUUUAUAAAGCGUCGUGGUAAAAAAAAAGAAAAUGGGUUCAGCGGCGCAUUGCUUCGGAUAUGUGUGUGUUAUACUGAAGAUAUUGGCUCUUAUCUCAAGCCUUGUCGGUUUGGGUAUACCAUAUUGGUAUCAAGGGGACGCAGUAGAGUCCACUGGACUAACAGGCACGGUAAAGACGACUAUAAGAGAGGGGUUGUGGAAAAAGUGUACUGUGCUGGAGUCCACGUCCACAACGGAAACAUUCUGUGUAGGAAACGAUGUGACAACAAUCAUCGACGUGAUUCGCUGGUUGAUAUUUAUUGCCGCCGGAAUACUCGGUAUUGCUGUACUUGCCGCCGGCGCAGCUCACAUGGAGAAGAACAGCACAGCUUUUGUUGUAGCUGCCAUCCACGGAUUUAUAUCAGCUGUAGUCCAUUUGGUAGCAACAGCACUUUAUGCAACAGUGGUAAAAGACGAUAUUGGAUUUGAAACCAAACAUUUGUAUAUCGGCUGGGGUAUGGUGAUACUAAGUGCCAUCCUGACACUCUUGGCGUCUGUGUUUGCACUGAUAUUGGCCCGGAUGGUGCGGUCAACUACAAAGGUCGAAAGUGAAGAUCAAAAAUGAAAUGGACAAACACUUAAAUGUCUUACAAUUAUUACUUUAACAUAGUAAAUUAUAAACUAAAAAUGAGAAAAUAAUAUAUCUACUUAGUACAGAAACUCGCUGUCAUUUUGUAUAUAAGAACGGUUAAGCGAUGACUCAUAUGAUAUAAUGCUCAUGUAGAAAUUGCAAUAAAUAUAUGUGUUUGUUUUAGAAAGAAAAACUA